AUGGCUCUGAAAAGCAUCUAGCAGGUGAACAAGGGAUCCAUUGUUAAAUUAUCUAACUAGGGAUGUCGAUAAUUUAGCAACAUAAAUCUGAGGUGUUAUCUAAAUCACCUUCUUUGACCUUCAGUUUUUCACACCAGAUCUGAAUGCCGCUUGGAAAUGACCAUUAUUCUUCGCGACCACAUGCGUGGAACAGUGGAGGAACACUGCUUCUCUGUCCGGUUAAUAGGCUACAUUUGAGGUGGGGUUACUGCACGCACGAGUAUCGACGCACUACGUCCGUUCCGGUGCAAGGCUUUGUUGUGAAUAAUACGCCCAAUAGACUGUAUACCAAUCAGAAGGUUAUUAAGAGGUUAUUAAUACACUGCUGCAGUUAAAUCAACGGACGUGCUAUACAAAACAGUGACCGACCUACAGCGAUCGCCUGUAAGAUGUGAAAUAUUUACUCGUUAGUCUACGCGGGCGGAUGUUGGUGUUAUGGCGAUAUGUUUUUUUCCGAGGUCUAUAAAAAGAUGAAGGGUAUGCACAGGAAGUUGGCAGAUCCACUCUUAUAUAUAACCACGGUGUGGUGAAUUAGUGGUCAUGGAUAAGAGCAAGCUGGAGCAGCAGGUGGCUGGCGUGGAGAGGGGUGUGGCCUUCCUCCAGCAGGAGCACCUGGCCAUGCUGACAGGCCUGCACCUGGAGAUAACACACCUGAGGAGGCGCUGCCAGGAGCUCAGCGGGGAGCUGAACUCCAGGUUUCCCGAAAGGGUCGCGUCAGAAGAGGAGGUUGAGCUGGCUGCGCGGUACCAGGUCGCCGAGUGUCUCCUAGCGGAGCAGCAAUGCAUGAUGGGAGCGGUACGCGGGGAUCUGAGGUCACGGAGAGCGCGAGCGACGGCUCUGGGGCGGAGCCUCAGGGACGAGGAGCGGCGUUUCCUGGAAGAGCUGAAACGCCGUAGCCACAAAAUCACCUCCCUGAGCAGGGAGCUCCACCGGCAGACCGUUACCACGUCCAUGCUGUGCCAAGAGCUGCACUCUGCUCGCCUGAGACUGUUCCAACAAAACCAGGGAGGAGAGCACGGGGCAAAGGAGGAGGAUGAAGAGCAAGGAUGGGAGGAAGAAGGAGAAGAGGAGGCGGAGGAUGAGGAGGAGGAAGAGGAGGACGAGGGCGGGGGAGAGGAUGAAGACUGGCUUCUGACUCCGCCUCCUCCUGCAACGCCGAGCCUGUCAGAGCGCAGACGGAACAGGCGUGUCCGUGUGAGGGAGGAGCGGGUCCGAGCGUGCGUUCCACAGGAGAGAGUGACAUCACCUCUCAGGGCGGGCCCCAUGCCAGAUCCCGCCCUUUUCCUGGAGCCACUUAGGUACAGGCUCCUCCCCUGGAAUAGGCCAAUCAAAACAAGGGAAAGAGUUCAAAAGGAGGGAAAGUGGAGGGAUAGGUCAGGGCGGAGGGAGAGGGUAGAUAUGGGAGUAGCAGAGGGAGAAACAGAACUGUGAAGGAGAGAGAUGGACAGAUGAACACCAGAGGUGGAGAAGAAUGGAAACAGGGAUUUCUUGGACAUCAGUUAACAGCAGUUGACAUAGAUAGUUAGAGUUAGUUGUUGGAUGUCAACUUGUUAAAGUGUGUAGAAGUAUAUCAAGAUCAAAUGCAAUUUUCUUUGAUAUCAACCUCCAUUGCUUUCAAAAAAGCACCCCACUGGACCUAAGCACCUCACUCAUAAAACCUAUUGAUUCUUGUUAUUCAAUACUAGCUUUGCUGCGACCCCAUGAGUUUGUAUUUGUAGAUGACAACACAAUUAUCUGUCAAGACAUUACAGAAAGGUAGGAAGAAAGAAAUAUUGAAUUGUAUGAUUUCUUACUGCACUUUAUUAAACUCAAACAACGUGCUCAGUAAUGACAA